GCCCGUUCAUCUUCAUGGAACUUUCACGCGUCGCUCGCGUUCAGUAUCUUGUACCAUGAGGACAGUCUUCCUGCUAGGUCGACAAUGUUUUCGGCAGGGCCUGCGCCAGUCCACGUCCUUCGUCACCCCCGCGUCAACGCGCCCAUUCGUCUCCGCCGCUCGCCGACAGCUCGCAACGCCCCGAUUUAGCGGUAAAACAAUACUAUGGUCUGGUGCAGCGGCAGCCGGUGGUGCUGUUCUCAGCCCACUCGCGUUCGUCGAAAUUAGCCAUGACAAAGGCCAUGCUCGAGGUCUCCAGAAAAGAGCUCGCAGAGCAAGUACCCAAGUCCUUGGAGAACUCAAAGAAGUACCGGCGUGGUAUCUACUUCUUUUUAGAAGACUACAUAAUCGAACCUAUAGCCACAGGCUUACGGUUUCUCCAUCUGGUAAUUAUAUUCGUACCCGUCAUUGUGACAAUACCAACAAUAUGGAUUGGCGCAAGGAAUGCCGAUAGAGACAAUGAGAGGAGCGGUACAUUGUGGUGGUAUGGUUUUCUUGUUGGCUCAAUGGAACGCGCUGGAGCGGCCUUUAUUAAGCUGGGACAAUGGGCCGCUUCUCGAACAGACAUCUUCCCCACCGAAAUGUGCUCGAUCAUGUCCACCCUUCACUCCAACGCUCCAGCGCAUUCACUCGAGACUUCGAAACGCACAAUAGAAGUUGCCUUCGAGGGCCGCUCGUUCGAUGACAUCUUCGAGGAGUUCGACGAGAAGCCCCUGGGUGUGGGCGCAAUCGCCCAAGUAUACAAGGCCAAGCUCCAGCCGGAUUUGGCCACGCUGCAAAACAACACAAUCGAUCGGGAAGAGCCGAACCUGGCGCGAAAGAUCAAGAAGAACGUCGAUGCGACAUUGAAGAGCACGCCGCAGAGGGUACCUUCAAGUCAUGUUGCUGUCAAGGUCUUACAUCCUAAGAUUGAGAAGAUCGUCCGCAGGGACUUGCGCAUAAUGGCUUUUUUUGCCGCUGUGAUCAAUGCAAUUCCGACAAUGGAGUGGUUCUCAUUCCCAGACGAGGUCGAACAAUUUGGCGAAAUGAUGAGGCUACAGCUUGAUUUACGCAUCGAGGCUGCUAACCUUACCAUCUUCCGCCAGAACUUCAAGGAUCGGUCAACAGCAUGGUUCCCUUACCCCUACACAGAGUACUCCACCCGCAACGUCUUGAUCGAGGAGUUUGCGCAGGGCAUUCCUAUGGAAGAUUUCCUGCAGAACGGCGGAGGCGUCUUCCAGAAGGACAUUGCUGACGAGGGACUCGAUGCUUUCCUCAACAUGGUUCUGAUCGACAACUUCAUUCACGCUGAUUUGCACCCCGGCAACAUCAUGGUCCGCUUCUACAAGCCUGAAAAGCUUGAUGUACCAAUCUUUACCCGAAAGGAAAACCGUACCACUGGCCCCGUGGAGUCACCGGAUGUUACGGAGGAAGUGUUGGAACGCUUGAGGCCGCACCAAAAGAAUCCCGAGCAAUGGAAGGCCCGGCUAAAGGAGAUUGACAACGAGGGAUACCGACCACAACUCAUCUUUAUUGACGCAGGUUUGGUGACGGAGCUCAACAGCAAGAAUCGCACGAACUUCCUGGAUCUUUUCAAAGCCGUUGCUGAAUUUGAUGGCUACAAAGCAGGACAUCUGAUGGUUGAACGGUGCAGGCAACCUGAGGCUGUCUUGGAUGGGGAGGUGUUUGCAUUACGCAUGCAACACUUAGUCUUGGGCGUCAAGAGUCGUACUUUUGCGCUCGGUAACAUCAAAAUCGGAGACAUUCUGAAUGAGGUAUUGUCGAUGGUGCGAACGCAUCAUGUCCGUUUAGAGGGCGACUUCAUCAACGUCGUUCUUAGCAUCUUGCUCCUGGAAGGCAUCGGACGAAAUUUGAACCCAGAAUUGGAUCUCUUCGCUGGUGCACUUCCAAUCCUACGACAACUCGGUGCUCAGGGCGGCGGCUCAAUGAUUCGUGGUGGGGAUUUCUCAAUGCUCAAGGUCUGGGUCGGCCUUGAAGCACGUAGCUUCUUGCAAGCUUCCGUCGAUACAGUUGAACGCUGCGUCAAGUACGAUCAAUUAUCGCCCAAUAUCUAGAUUUCUGGAAAAGCUACUUGUCUUAGCCUCGCUGCAUACACAACAGAACAUGGUGCCUUUUGUAUAUUAACAUAGCGAUUCGGAGUUGGAUUACUCCCAGAGUACACAAGUCGCAUAAUGAUACUACAUACAUACUUUCAACUAUGUAAAGCUGCCC